CCCAGUAGAUGGUAUUUCCGGAUGCGUGUAAAAGCUCGUGACGCCGGAUCUUUGUGUGACGGUUCGUCAUAGCACCACCCCAAGCGGUUUCAGCGGUUUGAGUAUAUAGUGAUUGCGAAGGUUUCAUGAAGGAAACUUAAGAAAAUCAUAAAAAAGUGCAUCGGGUGGCAGAAAGAUCUGAUGGAGCGGUGGCGGAAAAUUACGGCGGUUCCCUUGGGAAGGCUUCCGAUAUCUCAGUGACACGAUUGCCUGGAGUUGAAACCGGAAAAAAAGAUGAAGUGACGCUGGAGCGUUUAAAUAUAGUAAUGUCAACAUAAGAAAUAUGCAUUUUCCAGCUGUUGGUUGUAUAUGAUAAUUAGUUGGUUUCCUUGUGAAAUUUACACUGUAAUAGAAUGUGCGAUUUUUAAUAUGCUGAGUAAUUCUGGUGAUAAUGUUUUCCGUGAAGGGAAACCGGCAUUUAUUCAAAUGGUGCUGUUUGCUGACUCAACCCAAGGUUGGCGUUCAACGAAUAGUGAAGAAGUUACGCUGGCAGGUGGAAACCUUGCAGAAUUGAAUUCGACCGAAAUUGUGCUCAACGCAUCGACCUAUGCCGCGUUUGCGGUGACAAGUGAGGAAACCCGAAGCAGUUCCGACGAGUCAUGGUUAUCAUCGCAAACGACCUACCAACCCGAAAUAUUGCAGAGUCACAAAGAUUCUAUCUACGACAUCGAUCAACAUACCUUUUCGUAUUACGCUGAGUUGUUGAGUGUAAUUCACUUCUACUACAUACCGGCCUUGGUGCUGUUUGGAAGCAUCGGAAACAUACUCUCGGUGUUGGUUUUCUUCAAAACCAAGCUGAAAAAACUAUCCUCAUCGUACUAUCUGGCCGCUCUCGGUCUCAGUGAUACGUGCUAUCUGUUUGGGUUGUUUGUGCCCUGGCUGAAUCUGAUAGAUAUUAAGAUCUACACCCUCGAAGUGUACUGUCAGUUUUUCACGUUCUUCAGCAACUUGUGCAGCUUCCUGUCGGUGUGGUUUGUGGUUGCUUUUACGGUCGAGCGGUUCAUUGCCGUGCUAUAUCCGCUGAAACGCCAAACGAUGUGCACUGUGAGGCGUGCCAAAAUUGUGAUAAGUGCACUGACGCUGAUUGGAGUGUUUAUAAGCUUGCCGGUCAUUUUCUUCGCAUCGCCCCAGUACUCGCCGGCCGUAAACGAAACCAUAUGUGAUAUGCCGGAGAAAUACAAAGAUCAGAUGACAGUGUUCAAUUAUUUGGACACGAUCCUGGUGUUCGUGGUUCCCUUCACGGUGAUUGUAGUUCUGAACACGUUCACUGCGCUGACGGUGUGGAAAUUCGCCGGUGUGCGACGAACAAUGACAAUGCCUCGAAGCUACGGAGGAAAUCUGCGUGAAUCACGGCGGCAGCAUCAUCAAAUCAACACGAGUUCGUCGAACUCGUUGUUUCUGAAUGGGAAUACUCCCAUCCAAAAGGUUCAACAUUAUAGUAGGAGUCGUGUUGCGAAUUCGCAGAUAAAGGUCACGAAAAUGUUGUUAAUAGUUUCCACCGUUUUCGUGUGUCUCAACCUGCCGAGCUACGCAGUCAGAGUGAAAAUAUUUCUCGGAACCGAACAUGCCAACGUCAUGGUCUUGGUUCAGCACUGUUGUCAGCUGUUCUUCAUGACUAACUUCGGGAUCAAUUUUAUCCUGUACUGUGUAAGCGGCCAAAAUUUCAGAAAAGCAGUUUUCGGAAUGUUUCGGAAGCGAAGCAUGAGGCAAAUCAACCAGGAGCAGGCCUCCGGUACGCAAAUUUCGGAAUUCAUCCUCCGGAGUGGUUCCAAGGUGCGACGGAACACAACAACCAACAACGACGCAGAUAUCACAUGGCGAGACCUGACCGAUUACCAAAUCACAAAUUUUACGAAAUAGAUGCGAGGAUUGAACUUAAGAUGCAUAAUGUCUAAUGACGGCACAAAUAUUUAAAAGGGAUACUAAGGAACAAAUUUUUGUAUGUAACUUUGAGUAUGUGUGAGGGAGGA